UUCAAGGUUUGUUUACGUGUAGAUCUUGGUUGAUUCAGCAUUGUGGCAAACCGUUUUCCAAGGAACAUAGAACACAGGCCAGCAUGUCAAUAUCUACAAUGGAUAUAACGCUGAACAAUGGAAUCAAAAUGCCGUUGUUUGGGCUCGGGACGUGGCAGAGUAAACCGGAGGAUGUGAAGUCUGCCGUUCGGACCGCUUUAGACACUGGGUACCGCCUCAUUGACACGGCUUUCAAUUACCAAAACGAGGAGGCAAUAGGUGAAGUCCUAAAGAAGUAUACUGAAACCGGCAAAGUAAAGAGGGAGGACCUUUAUAUAACGACGAAGUUAGGAAAUAUCCUCACCCGACCAGCUGACGUUCAGUAUGCCAUGUCCGAAAGUCUGAGAAAACUACAGGUUUCAUACGUGGACCUUUUCCUGAUACACAUCCCUUUGGUGCUGAAGAAACAGGCCGACCCAUACAAUAUCUUACCCAUGAAAGAUGGCCAGCUUGACCAUGAUGGCGCAGUUGACUUUGAAGGCGUCUGGAAGGAGAUGGAAAAACUUGUUGACGAAGGGAAGACAAAGAACAUUGGCAUAUCAAACUUCAAUGUUGCACAAGUGGAACGAAUCAUGAAGGUGGCACGUGUUAAACCAGUGGUCAAUCAGGUUGAGUGCCACGCCUACUUUCAACAGAAAGAAUUAGAAGCUGCAAUGAAGAAACAUGACAUAGUGAUAAUGGCCUACGGUUCACUUGGAUCCCCCGGCAGUGCAGCAAUAAUUACAGUACCAGGAGAGUCCCCACCCCCUGUGUUGCUUCAGGAUCCCGUCUUAGGCGAGAUGGCAAAAAAGUACAAGAAGACUCCAGCUCAGAUUCUGAUAAGGAACUUGCUCCAGAGGAAGGUGAUAGUUAUCCCGAAAAGUGUAACGCCCAGUAGGAUACAGGAGAAUGGAAACGUGUUUGAUUUCAAGAUUUCCUCUGAAGAUAUGGCCACUAUUGCCGGCAUUGACAAGGACUUGCGAAUGUUUAAAUUCCACAUAAUGGCCAACGCACCCGAUUAUCCUUUCAAUUGUCCCGUAUAGAAGCUGGAAUUGGAACUAUGACUUCAUGCAUAAGCUGUGUGUGGAAUUGAGGUGCUAUGGACAAUCAGAUUUAGUUACUUGUUUCCAGUGUGUCAGAAGUGUGGUUCAGUAACAUUUAGAUGUACGGUGAACAAUUUCCAAGAUUCCAUCUUAGCUACAAUACAUAAGGAUUAAAUUUUGAUCUGUCAAAUAUUCAAGCAAAUAUGAAUGGGGAAAUUUACUUACACAACGACAUGAACGGUCGUAGCGAAGGUCGUUCAUGUGAAGUGUGCUUUUUGUUUUGUUUCAUUGAUUAUUCAAGGAUAUUAAAUAUAAA